AAUAAAUACUGUAUUUCAUUCUUUCGUAAUAUUAAGAACGAGAUGCAAGAUAAAUGUUUAGGCUCAAUUUAGACAAACAAGGCCAAGCAUGUUGUGCAGUCUUUAUUUAAAUUCGACUGACUGUGUAAAUAAAUGUAGCGACACUCUUAUUUGGUAAAUUUUUUUUUUUUGCAAUUUUAAACUUAUUUAUAUUUAUUUUCAUAUUUUAUUCGUCAAAGAACGAAACGCACACAACAUACGUCAACAUUGUCAACAACGAAAAUGGCAGCGACUUGGCGUCUUGUGUAAAAUUAGACAUUCUUCCAUUCUGUUAUUUCUAUUGAUAAUAAGACAAAAUCCAUAUUUGUAGCUUUAUUUACCUUUAUUACACAUUACAUUGUAAUAAUGUAUCAAGUUUUCAUCAUGACAAAGAACUCUACUCUAGUAUUGUAGUUCUCAAUCAUGUUUUGUCUUGAGAGAGUUCUAAUAUUUUAUAACUCUAUCGGACCGCGAACUACAAAGUAUUUGUAAACGAUGUUUUGAUUAUUCUAUGAAUAAAAUAUUUUAUCCACCGCGAUGGAAGACGUGAAAGUUUGCCGAAUAUGCCUUGUUAUGGGAGUAAAGAUGUACAACUUGCAUACAUACCCAUUGUAUGGUUACUUUGAAUCACUUAUUGGGAUCAAUCCACUAAGCAUGAUGGAGCUCCCUCCAUAUGGAUGUUAUGAAUGCACUGCGCUGAUGAAGAAGCUCUAUAACUUUAAGGAGCGUUGUCUCCUUGGCCAGGCAGAGCUGUAUGCUGUGUUGCAGGCAACCGGAAAGAUUACAGCGGAUGCGUUAAACAGUAUAGACCGCCGGCAACUCAAAUUAAUCUCUAAUUUAUCCAUAAGCCAUGACAAUAAUAUAAUAUCCUAUGAAUAUGACGAUAAUGUUGAAGUUAAAAUAGAAUCCCCUAAACCCGCCAACGGUGAUUUUCUCAUUGAAAUUGAUACUAUUAAGCAAGAAGACUACGAUGACUUUAUAAUGACUAAUAUGUCAAGUGAUGACGAGCCUCUUUCAUUACAAAAGAGUAUAAAAGAGAAGAAGAAGUCUGUUAAGAAAAGAGAAAAGAGGGGACGGAAGAAAAAAGAAAAAGGAGUUGGUUUAGAAUGUAAUGGAGAGGUACAGGGUAUUGAGGCCACCGACAUACCGAUGACCCUGGAAUCCGAAGCCCUAGAAGCCUCAGAAGCCCAAGAGGUCCCAGAGCUCCCAGAGGCCCCGAAAAAGAAGCGAGGCCGGCCGCGGCUGUCGGAGGCCAAGAAAGAAGCGAAGCCUAAGUCCCGACGUACUCGCAAUACUGGGGGCGUAGGCGUGGAUGAUAUAGAUCUUGAGGAGUAUGUUACGGUUGUUAAGUUGACUCCCGAAGAGCAGCUAGCCGAGAUAACCAAACGCCAGCAGUCCUCAAACUACCUGAACGCUCCGUUCCAGUGCAAUCUUUGCUAUAAAGGCUUCAUAGACGCGCUAGCUUGGAAACAUCAUGUUGGCAAACAUGAUCCGAGCGCAGGCGAAGUGGAGUGCAACAUCUGCAAGUUCCGCUUCCGCUCCAGGCGCGCACUGCAAAAGCAUGCCGCCAACCACGAGAAGAAAUACGCCUGUCGCUCCUGUCCUUACGUCUCGAAGACUACAACGCAAGCGAAGCAACAUCAAAGAUGGCAUAAAGGGGUUACAUACAAAUGCCAGUACUGCGACGAGAUAUCAACUAAAUGGACGUCAUACCUAAGCCACGUGCGAAUCAAGCACCCCUCGGAAUUCAUAUGCGGAGUGUGUGGAUACUCUUACGUCAGCAAACUCGGGCUGGCCAUGCAUAAGACCAUGAUGCAUAAGGAUUAUGUUGAAAAGACUGAACCGGACGCAGACGCGGAACCAGGUCCGUAUUGCCAGGAGUGCGACGUACAGUUCGUGACGGAGGAGGCGUGGAAGCGGCACAUGGUCACCUCCGCCAAGCACGCGCCGUCCAACGACUUCAAGAACGGGUGCCGCGCGUGCGGCAGCGUGUUCGCGACGGGCGAGGAGCUGCGCCUGCACCACCGCGCCGCGCACGCGCGCCGCCGCCCCAAGAACUACGGCAAGAAGCGGGAGCAGGCCUGGCCCGCGCGCUGCGAGCAUUGUUCGGAAGAGAUCCCGAACGCCCGUGAAUACUGGACUCACUUCCGUCGCGCGCACCCGGACAAACCGUACCCCAUACAGAAGAACUACAUCUGCGAUAUUUGUGGCAAAAGUUUUAGGGGCAACGCCUUCCUGGUCUACCACAAACGGACCCAUUUCGAAGAGCGCGCCUACAAAUGUGCCGUCUGCCCCAAAGCGUUCCACAACCGAACCAACCUGCAGAUGCACGAGAAGACUCACUCAGACGCGCGGCCCUACCCGUGCUCUGUCUGCUUUAAGGCAUUCAAGUGUAAGGGGGCACUCGACAGACACUUUAGGAGCCACACUGGCGUAAAACCAUACUCGUGCGAAGUAUGCGGCAAGGCGUUCGGGCAGUCCAACAGCCGCAAGCUGCACGUGCGCACCGUGCACCUGCGCCAGCCCGCGCCCUACGUCAGCCGCGCCCGGCGCCGCGCGCCGCCGCCCGCCGACUAACGUGACAACCAUACGGGUGCGAUAUGUGUUGGGGAUUGUGCCACACCCGCGUUUUGCGUCUAGGAAUAUGAAAACCUUUCUCGUGCGAAAUGCGUUCGGGCAGUCCAAUAUACACCGUGUUUUUAUUGAAUUUCGUUAACUCCGGGGUUUCGGUAAGUACGUUUAAGGAAACUAAAUGGCAUAGUUAAUU